AUGGUCGACCCGGCGGACCAGAGUACUGGUGACAAGGAAUCAAGAUCAUGGCAGACACCGUACAAACCGAAACAGCAAACAUCUGGAGUUCGGAAGUCACAGAAAACCGCCGAGAGACGUUUUGUUCCCGACAAGCAGGCAAACUCCGUCAUACAACUAGGAACUCCACAGUCUACAGCAAGGGAACCACCUCAUGGGUUACAGCCACCAAGCCCCGGUCAUCAGAAUCCAAGCCCGGGGGAAUGGCAGGAUGCCCGCCCCAAUGCACCUCUACAAACAGACAGUGCCUCCCCAUCCAGCAUGGACGCCCGGACAUGGGAUAAUUUGGGUACGACUGAACUCCCAGAAUAUGGUCCUAGCUUGAGCGUAACCGCAAGUGACAAUGUAUGCAUAACCACGCCGCCAGAUCUGGGGGAUUGGAAUGACAUGGACGUCGCUGGGUUGUCAUUUCUACAGGAUGUAACACUCCGAAAGGCGCCAGAGUCUGCUGAUAUGAGCGGUAACUCGCAUUAUCAGGUUGGUGCAAGUACGCACUGCAUCUUUGACUCCAGCAGUAACGAGUGCAGUGACACGAAACCGGACGGGGCACCUGGCUGCUCCAUGAAGACGAACUCGUGUCUACAGGAAUUAGUCUCUCAUCUGUUGCGAUAA